UGCAAAUAUGCAUAAUAAAUUUCUGUUGUUCAGAAGUUCUGUUACUUAAAACUCAGAAAAAUAGUCAAAAACAAGUUUUCCUUUUUCCGUGUCUUUGUUGCAUUAGCCUUUUCUUAACAUCCAGGCGUCUAAACUAAAUCUGAAUUACUCACUUGGUGGGAAGAUUCGCAAAACGUCUAACAGAAAUCGAAGGAUGGAGUGAAUCUCCCAUCCACGCUUACAACUUAGAUUUUCCAAGUUAAAAAACUAAAGUACCUUAGCUUCUAGAAACAUGCAAUAUACCAAUGGCCUUUUCUUGCUUUCCUGUUUCGUUGUAAACAGCUCCCUGGCCACUUAAACGAUACCGUAAAAAUGACAGUAAAAAGUACAAGCUGCCUCCAUCUAAAGAAGGCUGAAGACACAACAGAGACAGGACAACCAAGUCAGAGAAAACUGCGACAGCCAGACACUUGGUGGUCUUGGGUCGUGUGUGCGGCUGGAGUCACUUGUAACAUCAUCGUAAUUGGAUGCACGUAUUGCUUUGGUAUUAUUUUUCCUUCUCUUCUUGACGAGUUUAAGGCAGGAAAAUCCAAAACAGCGUGGGUUGGAUCUCUGGCAGUGGCAUCCGCUGGUCUUUUUGGUCCCGUAGCUGGACGACUCACCGACCGAUUUGGCGCACGCGCAGUGGUUAUUAGUGGAGCGGUGUUGAGCACCAUCGGUCUCCUAUUGACUUCUUUAGUUCCCAGUCUUUAUCUUAUGCUUUUGACUUACGGAGGAAUCUUUGGGUGUGGCUCAAGCCUCGUUUACAUUGCCGUUUUCGAGAUCGUGCCUCGGUAUUUUGUGAAGCGACGUUCGUUAGCCACAGGGUUAGUAACUAUGAGUACGGGAGCUNUAUUCAUGGUAUUGUUCAUUUUUCAUCAGGUUCGUAAUUUCAUUUCAUUAGGUUUGGUUGCUGACAAGACCAGGUCGUAUUAUGCAACUUUUUUUUCUGCCGGUGGCAUUGAGACUGUCGGACUGUUAAUUUUACUCAUGUUUAUUUGUCUUAAGAGAGGCGAAUUAACAGACAAAAAAUUCCAAAACGAAACUGGAAAAUCUUCUUUUACAGAACUGCUUGUCAUAGACAGCGAAACCGUUUUGUAA